AUGAGCCCCUCUGAAACGACUUAUAUACCCUCCGAGGAUGAUGUCCCUCUUGUAGUUCUCGACGAUGAGUAUCGUCUUGCUACUUCCGAGUCGCCACCGCCUUUGCAUGGCUCGUAUGAGCGUCGAAAUGUGGCGCAACGAUCAUUAUUGUUUCGAUGGGCUUCUUAUGCUUCUACUUUAACGAAUUGCCGACAUGCGCAUUGCAAUGCUCACCCUUUAACGCCGAGAGCGAUAUUAUGCCGAUAUAUCCGACGCCCAUUCUGGGGGUUUGUGAUACUACUGGGCCUGUUGAAUAUCGUUUCGAUUUCUUUGGGUUGCCUCUUCACUCUUUUCCCUGACGAUUUCGACGACCGGCUUGAUGCGUGGCUGCUCCCCAAUAGUCGUCUGUCCGCCAUCUCGCAGAGAGACACACGCGGGAUUCCCGUCAGCAGAUGUCAUUCUCACAAUGAUUAUUGGCGAGACGUCCCUCUGCACUCAGCUCUUCAAGCUGGUUGCAUGGGUGUUGAGGCGGACAUCUGGCUGUCCGACCAGGAUCUUCUGGUUGGCCACAAUCCGUUUGUCCUGAACCGCCGGGCGACUCUGCGAUCACUAUACCUCAAUCCCCUCUUAGAUAUUCUCCAUCAGCGCAAUUCUCAUAUUUUAGACUUGCCGGACGAUUUUGAGCCUACCACCCCGUUAGCUGGAGUCUUUGCUGCAGACCCCACUCAGACAUUGAUUCUACUGAUUGACUUCAAAACGGACGGUGACGAGCUAUGGCCCUACGUGAUGUACCAGUUACAGCCUUUACGCGAGGCAGGCUACUUGACUUUUUAUAAUGGAACAGCCAUUAACGAAAGACCUAUCACUAUUGUUGCCUCCGGUAACGCACCCAUACACCAAGUGAUAACAAAUGACAGCUACCGUGACAUUUUCUACGAUGCACCCUUGGAUAAACUGGCAUUGACGUCGCCAACGUCUGACCAGGAUCAGCUAUCAAUCGAAUACGACUUUUCGAAUAGCUAUUAUGCCUCGGUGAACUUCGGGAAGACAAUCGGCGGUCUUCAUCGAAACCGUUUCUCGGAAGACCAACUGAUCAAGAUUCGCUCGCAGAUUGAGAAUGCCCAUUCUCGCGGUCUCAAGGUUCGUUACUGGGGCACGCCUUCCUGGCCGCGAGGCUUGCGUAAUCAUGUGUGGCAUGUGUUGGUGCGUGAGGGCGUAGAUUUACUCAAUGUGGAUGACUUGAGAGAAGGGACGAGACAGGACUGGCGCAAGCACCGGAGUUGGCUACUCUGA